AUGGGUAUUAUGAAAAGGCUACCAUUGCAAAUUCUUCUCCUGAUUUUUUUUUGGUGCCAUAUUAAUGGAAAGAAUGGAGGAGAUAUUUGGGUAAUUAAUGCUUUGAGCAUUGACGAGAAACAAAAUAAGGACGAAAACCCAAAGGGGGACACAAAGCCAAGUGGAAAUGAAACCGAACAAGGGGAAGUAAAAGAACACAUAAUAGUAAAUGGAAAGGAAACGGAGCAAGCAAGCACGGUUAUAAGCAAACCGGUUGAAAUUGAGGUAGAGAAAAAGGGCACGAUCAAUACCCAAGAAACUGCAAAAGAAACAGUGAAAGAAACUCAUGACAACUCUGUAAGUAGCAACUCGACAGAUAGCAAGACUUCUGUUAGUGCCACCAAUCAGAAUGUUAAAAGUUCGGCACCCUCUUUCAAGCAGUCUUUCAUACAGAAUAGUGCGGAAACGGCAUCGAAGAAAGAAGCCGAAAAAAAGGAGAGUACCACUUCAAAUAAUGAACAAGCAAACACAGCUAAGGGGGAAGAAAAAGGAAACCCUCCUAAGGUGGGAGAAAAAGGGAAUGAAACUUCUAAAGAUACAGAACAGUCAGUGGUUAAGGAAAUAACCCCCAAAAGUGAAGAAAAUAUAAGAAAGGCUGAUAAUAACCGUUCGACAUCAAUAUCUAGUAAUAUAGUUUCUUCUGAUUCGAAUGAAAAAAAAGUAGAAGCUAUAGUUAGUGUUUCUACUGAUAGUUCAUUAAAUAAGGACAAUGUGAUUAAUAUUUCUAAUGAAGAAAAGAGUUCAGAUUUAUAUUUUUUAAAAACAUUAUCAAUAGGAUCAUCGAUAUUUAUGCAAUUAGUAUUAUUACCAUCUGUAUUUAAAAUAUUAAAAAAAAGAUCAACAGGAGAAUCAGAUGGAUUAACAUAUAUAGUUUUAUUUUUUUCGUCAUUUUUAUGGUUAGUAUAUGGUAUAUUAUUAAAUAAUUCAGCAAUUAUAUUUCCAAAUUCAGUUGGAUUAUUAUUAGGAUUAUUUUACACUAUAAUAUAUCAUGUAAAUUGUAAAAAUAUGUGGCUAAAACAUAAGUUAUAUUCAUAUUAUAAAACAUGUGGAACUAUAUGUUUUAUGUUAUACAUAUUUUUAUAUAUAUUAUCAUAUGAUCAAUAUGAAUUAUUUGUCGGGUUUAUGGCAUUUAUAUCAAGUAUAGUAAACUUUGGUGCACCAUUAUCAUACAUCCAAACUGUUAUAAAAAAACGGAAUUCAUCCUUAAUACCGUUGGAGAUAUCUAUAGGAAGUUUAAUCUGCUCAUUUUUAUGGUUAACCUAUGGAUUUAUAUUAAAGGAUGUCUUUUUAAUAACACCCAAUUUAUGUGGUUUUGUAUUAAGUAUAUUACAAAUAGCUUUAAUAUUAUUAUAUUCUAAUAAAGAGGUUUUAGCUAGCAUGGAUACAGAAAUUACUUAUAGUGAAAGAAAUAAUAAUAAUAAUAGUACAGUUAUUCAAGAAAAUAAUGGUUUUUUUAAUGAAUUUAAUUUAGAUGAUGAUUUUAAAAUUACUGAAGUUCCAACCAAUUUAAAUAAUUCUAUUUUUGAUACCCCUUAUGAUGAAACCUCUCCAUUAACUGGCCAUUUUGAUAUCCAGUUUAAGCAUAGCCAUUUGGAGAGACAAAAUUACCUGAACAAUUCAGAAAAUAAAAAGAACAACAUUAAUUCAGUGCCAUUUUAA